GUCUAGGCUAGGAGAGAAGAGGACUCUCAAAGUUCCUCUGUUGUCUUUUACUAUUCUACUGUAUUUCUAUAUUUCCCUUAAAAUAAAUUCCAGUGUAACAACUGGUAUCAAAGCACCGAUCUUAGGUGUUCUGUGCAUGGUUUCCACGCGAGCUGCCAUGGAGUCGAGGUUGGAAGUCUUGGAGAAGCAAAUGGAGGAGAUGAGGGAGGCCCAGAAUCGUUUGCUGGAAGCUCAAAACCGAUCAUUUGAACUCUUAUCCACCAACCUGCUGAGACAGGUGAGGGAAAUGUUUUCGCAACAACACCAUGACCAGGGAGGAAACGGGGCUGGAGGGAGAAACGGGGGAGAUGGAGAAGGUUCAGAAGGCAGAGGCGGUGGUAAUAAUGAAGGUGAAAUAGAACAGAGGAGAUUUGAGCCUACCAGGAAGCUUGACAUUCCUAUCUUCUCAGGAGAUGAUGCAAAUGGCUGGCUGGUGAAGAUGGAAAGAUAUUUUCGUGUCACCCAGGUGGCUCCGACAGAAAGGAUGGACUUUGUCACUCUUGCUUUGGAGGGAAAGGCUCUCGCAUGGAUGGAGUGGUGGGAAGAAUACACACCAUUUCAGACAUGGAGACGAUUCAAGGAGGACUUAUUGAAACGUUUUCAACCUGGAGCUGCUCUCAACCCCAUGGCUCCGUUACUAGAGGUGAAACAGGUGGAGGUCGUCGCUCAGUAUAGGUGAGAGUUUGAGGCUGCAGCACGAACGCAAAGAAACUUGCGAACAGAGGCUCUCAUGUGCAUCUUUGCAAAUGGACUGAAAAAGGAAAUUCAGGCGGAGUUGGAGUUGGAGGUGGCUCGGUUCGAUAAUUUACCAGCUUUAAUGGAUAGAGCUACGCUAUUGAAUGGAGAAAUCAAGCAUGGAAGGAGACUGGGGUUGACCCUAACGGCAGGAGGGUGGAGGGGUUGACGAAAGGGAGCGGAUCAGGCAGAUCCGGUUCGGUGGGAGCUAGAUUUGGAGUUUUCAAAAAUCCUAGUUCGGCGAAGUACAACACCCACGGCGGCAGAGGCGAAUCGAGGGGAGAGAUUGGAUCCAACACAAACAGAGGCACCCCUACUCCUCGUACAGGCUUCAACACCAGUUCGAACGGAGGCAGCAGCGCUUCUCAUUCGCAGACGACUUGUAACAGCGGCACACGGAGGCUCUCGAACGAAGAGUGGGCAGAGAGACAGAGGAAAGGGUUGUGCUUCAAAUGUGGAGAGAAGUGGGGACCUGAUCAUAGGUGCUCCAUGAAGCACUAUCAAAUCAUACUCCUAGGAGAAAAUGCAGAAGGAGACGUAGGGAUGAACCAAGAGGCCCAUGAAGGGGAACUUGAACGGGAAGAGCUGCAAUUGUCAUCAUACAGCUAUUGGGGACUUACUACUCACAAGACCUUUAAGGUUCAAGGGGAGAUUCAGGGCAGAACAGUGGUGGUGCUCAUCGACCCUGGGGCUUCGGCAAAUUUCAUUGCCACCGAGAUGGUUAGGCGGCUGGUGUUACCGGUGAGAAAGAUAAGGGAGUUUCAAGUGGAGGUGGGGAACGGUGCUAUGGAAAAGGGGAAUGAAGGCUGUGAAGGAGUUCACUUGAAUAUUCAAGGGUCCAAAUAGUCCAAAACUUCUUUGUAAUGAAGCUGGGUUGUUCGGAGGUGGUGUUAGGAUCAGGAUGGCUGGCGAGUCUAGGGAGGUUUGUGGGAGAUUAUGGAGAAUUAACAUUGAACUGGAAGCAAGAUGGCAGGCAAAUGCAACUAAAAAGUAUCCUUCCUUGAGCAGAAGCAGGGCUUCAUGGAAGAAGACUUUGCACGCUCUGAAAAGUGAUGGGGAGGGUUAUGUUAUCACCACCAAGGUUGCUGCCACCGAGGAGCGAGAGCAAGAGGUGAUUUCUGCUGAAGCUAAACAAUUUCUGCAACAAUAUGGGGACUUGUUUCAGACCCCUAUAGGCCUCUCACCCAAACGCGAGAAGGACCAUGCAAUCAUCUUGAAGGAAGGGUCAGAAAUUCCUCGCAUCAGAUCCUAUAGAUAGCCACAAUAUCAGAAAACCAAGAUUGAGAAAAUUGUAGAAGAGAUGCUGAAUUCUGGCAUCAUACAUCCGAGCACUAGCCCGUUCUCAAGUCCGGUGAUCCUAGUUAAAAAGAAAGAUGGAGGCUGGCGAUUCUGCGUAGAUUACCAAGCAUUGAAUUGAGAGACCAUAGCUGAUAAAUUCCCAAUUCCGGUGAUUGAUGAGCUGCUAGACGAAUUGGGAAAUGCAAACAUAUUCUCUAAGCUAGACCUCAAGUCCGGCUAUCACCAACUAAGGAUGAGAGAAGAUGACAUCCACAAAACCGCUUUUCGAAUUCAUGAAGGACACUAUGAGUUUCUCGUGAUGCCCUUCAGGCUCACAAACGCUCCUUCCACUUUCCAAGUACUCAUGAAUCAGGUGUUGUGACCAUUUUUGAGGAAGUUUGUUGUGGUUUUUUUCAAUGAUAUACUCGUCUAUAGCUUGAGUUUGGAAGAACAUUGAGGUCAUUUGCAGCAGAUUUUUGAAGUCCUCCGGCGCAACCAGCUCUAACUCAAUAAGAAGAAAUGCAAAUUCGCCCAAGAACAUAUUGAAUACCUGGGUCACAUUAUAUCCAAAGAAGGAGUGGCAGCAGACCCCAAAAAGGUUCAAGACAUGGUGGAUGGGCCAGUUCCAAGGGACCCCAAAGGGUUGAGGGGAUUCCUUGGGUUAACCAGUUACUAUUCCCGUUUCGUGACGAAUUAUGGAGGCAUAGCUUGGCCCCUUACACAACUACUGAAAAAUGAUCAAUUCAAGUGAGGUAAUGAGGCACAAGCAGCUUUCGAAGCACUCAAGACUGCCAUGGUGACAGUCAAGGUGCUGGCUGUCCCUUCAUUUUCAAAGCCCUUCGCAGUGGAAACUGAUGCUUCCGGGAAGGGAAUAGGGGCAGUACUUCUACAGGAAGGCAGGCCGGUGGCUUACAUGAGUCAGAAACUUUCUGAACAAGCUCAAGCUAAAUCUGUUUAUGAGAGGGAGUUGAUGGCUAUAGUCUUGGCAAUUCAAAAAUGGAGGCAUUACCUCUUGGGUCAACGGUUCACUAUUUAUACGGACCAGAAGAGUCUUAAAUUCUUUCUUGAUCAGAGAAUCGGAGGCAAGGAACAACAGAAGUGGAUGACCAAGUUGCUUGGGUUUGAUUUCGAAAUAAAAUACAAGGCAGGGAAAGACAACCAAGUAGCUGAUGCCCUCUCCAGAAAACUCCAAUUUGCUGUUGUUUCCAUGGUUUCAGCUGAAUGGGCAAACUUAGAAGAGGAGGUGCAACAUGACCCAAAACUCAAGAGCAUUAUGCAAGAUCUGAUUUUUGGAAAGGAGGUUACUGCUGGAUAUGCAUUUAAAAAUGGGAGGUUGCUGCACCAAGGGCAUUUGGUUAUUCCAAGGUAUUCGAAGUUGAUUCCCAAGAUAUUGGAGGAAUUCCAUGACACAAAGUUGGGAGGAUAUUCUAGUUUUUUCCGAACUUAUAAGAGGAUAGCUGGAGUACUGUAUUGGGAGGGAAUGAAGAAGGCCAUCAUGGAUUACGUGAGACAAUGUGAAGUAUGCCAAAGGAACAAACAUUCCACCUUGACUCCAAGCUGGGCUGCUAUAGCCACUCCCUCUUCCGACAAAUAUUUGGCCAGAUAUAGCUAUGGACUUCAUUGGAGGCCUACCAAAGGCACAAGAGAAGGACACCAUCUUCGUUGUGGUUGAUAGGAUGACGAAGUACGCUCAUUUCUUUCCCUUAUCUCACCCUUAUUCAGCAAAGGAAGUUGCAGACCUGUUUGUGAAAGAAGUGGUGAGACUUCAUGGGCUCCCUACAUCGAUUGUUUCCAACCGUGACCGGCUGUCCAUGAGUGGUUUCUGGUCCGAAAUCUUCAAGGCAGCAGACACAUCAUUAAAGAUGAGCUCAGCCCAUCAUCCCCAAACGGAUGGGCAAAGCGAGGCAGUCAACAAGUGCGUGGAAACUUACCUCAGGUGCUUUGCGGGGUCUACGCCAAAGCAAUGGCCCUGAUGGCUGAAUUGUGCAGAAUAUUGGUAUAACACCAAUUAUCAUGGGUCGAUCAAAAUGACCCCCUUCAAGGCCCUUUAUGGAAGGGAACCCCGGUUCUGUUGCGGGGUCAGGGCAAAGCUGCGGUUGAAGAAGUAAGAAAUCUUAUGGAG